UACAGCAGGCGAACUGAACCGUUACUCAAGGGUUGCUGGAGCGUUACUGGAGCGUUAAUAGAGCGGACUUGCUCUGGAAGCUAAAGGCGCUCACCGCGGAUUAUUGACACCAUGAGCUGGGGCACCGAGUUAUGGGAUCAGUUUGAUAAUUUGGAGAAGCACACUCAGUGGGGCAUAGAUUUUGUGGAGCGCUACACCAAGUUUGUGAAAGAGCGAUCUGAGAUUGAGCUUAACUAUGCAAAGCAGAUCAGAAACCUGUCCAAGAAAUACCAACCCAAGAAGACCUCCAGAGAAGAGGAGGAGAGCAAAUACACGUGGUGCCGAGCAUUCCUGGUAUCCCUGAAUGAGCUAAAUGACUACGCUGGACAGCACGAGCUUGUGGCAGAAAAUAUGUCAUCACAGAUCAUUACUGAGCUCACGAAAUACUCACAGGAACUCAAAACAGAGAGGAAAACCCAGUUCAAUGAUGGACGGAAGGCCCAGCAGCAAAUUGAGAACAGCUGGAAGCAGCUGGAACAGUGCAAGCGCAAUUACGAGAGAGCUUGUAAAGAGGCAGACCGAGCACAGCAGUACUUUGAAAAAAUGGAUGGAGACAUCAAUGUGACAAAGGCAGACGUGGAGAAGGCGAGACAGCAAGCUCAACUGAGACACCACUUGGCAUCCGACAGCAGAAAUGAGUAUGCCAAUUACCUGCAGAAAUUUAACCAGGAACAGACCGAACAUUACUACACUCUUAUUCCAAAUAUCUUCCAGAAGAUCCAGUUAAUGGAAGAGAAGAGGAUCGAGAGAGUUGGCGAGUCCAUGAAGACUUUCGCUGAGCUGGAUAGACAGGUUCUGCCAAUAGUGGGAAAAUGCCUCGAUGGCAUCACCAAAGCGGCUGAGAGCAUUGAGCCCAAGGCUGACUCAGCACAGGUGGUGGAGUCGUAUAAAUCAGGGUUUGAGCCUCCUGGUGAUGUAGAGUUUGAAGACUUUAGUCAGCCAAUGAAGAGGACAGUGUCUGAAACCAGCUUGACCAACUCGCGCUCUGAUCCCAAGACGGAGAAACCCGGCAAGAGCAAAAGCAAACUCUGGCCCUUUAAAAAGAACAAGCUUAUGUCCCUGUUAAUGUCCCCUGCCCCCCACCAGCCUCCCCCAGAACCCCCCUCACCUUCUACUGUGACCCUUGAUCCCUGCCCCAACCCCCAGAGCCCCAAACCACCCAAGGAGACCCUCUCGCACCGCUUCAACGACAUCAUCGUCUCCAAGCCCAAAAUGCACUGUCUUCGGAGUCUGCGGCGCGGGUCUCCACAGUACCUUUACUAUAAUAAAGAGCUGAUGAAGAGGACACUUGGCCGGCCAACUUAUGCUUUUGAGGCCAGACAAUAUGUCCUUUCUCUCAAGCUGAUCUCACUCAAUGCCCACGUGCGGAACCUAAUUGAGGGUGCGAAUCCUGAAGACUUCAGUCACCUGCCUCCAGAGCAGAGAAGGAAGAAAUUGCAGGCAAAGAUCGAAGAAAUCAAUAAAGACAUUACCAAAGAGCUGGACCAGAGAGAUGCGCUGACUAAAAUGAAGGAUGUUUACAUAAAGAACCCACAGAUGGGGGAUCCAAGCAGUGUGGACCCUCGACUUGCAGAGAUCGCACAAUCCAUUGAUAAACUACAGGCUGAACUUCAGAAAUUUGAGGGCUGGCUAGCAGAGGUGGAAGGCAGAAUGCCAGCGAGAAGUGAUCCAACUAAGAGGCAAAGCAUGGUGUUCGAAACACAAAACAGCACAACAGCAACAACAACAACAACAAUAACAACAACAACAACAACAACCAACAAUAACUGUGCUCAGGAUCGAGAAAGUCCGGAUGGUAGCUACACUGAGGAACAGAGCUCUGAAGUCCAGACAAAGGUUCAGACUGAUCCUGAGUUUGAUGAGUUUGAUGAUGCUGAGGAAGAAAUGCUGCCCACUAUUGGAACCUGCAAAGCACUAUAUCCAUUUGAAGGUACUAAUGAGGGCACGCUGGCAUUAGCAGAAGGAGAGGUACUUUUCGUGAUCGAGGAGGAUAAAGGAGAUGGCUGGACACGUGUCCGGAGGAAUGAGGAAGAGGAGGGCUACGUUCCCACAACCUACGUUGAGGUUUUCCUAGAUUCCAACUCCAAAGAUUCCUAACCAACAGCAGAGGACACACGGGAAGUGAUGAACGUGCAGAGAAAACACCACUCCUAACCAAAAGAGAGAAGUUAUGUUGAUGACAAUGAUUAUGAGGAUGAUUAUAAUGGACAAACAGAAAAGAAAGAGAGGUGUAGCAGUCUGAAUGCACCUCUACCGCAGGGAGUAUUUAAAGAACGUCCACGCAUUCAAGCCAAUACACAAUUACUCCACCCUGAACACAUUCAUUUCUUUAUCGUUAACUUGAGGUUGGUUGUUUCCAACAAGUAGAAAUACUGCUUUUCUGCUUUGCGGCUUACUAGCAUUCACAGUCUCGAUACGGUGUGGCAUAAUGUUGCAUUUUGCUAUUAGGAUAGGAUAAUAGAACCGUCUACAACAUUUGCUCUGAUCUGCAAGUUUCCUUAUUCAGACCGGAUUCACUUUUGCAAAUAUUGCACAAGUAGCAGGAGUGCGUGUGUCUCAUGUGCUACAUCUAUAGGAUUAGACAAAUAGGCCUAUGGAAUGAUAUGAAUUUGCUAUGCAU